CCUGCAAGGGCAGGGCUGGGCUCCCAGCUGUUUCCUGCUACUUCAGAGCACUGCAUUCGAGUGGAGAGAAAGAAAGCUACGGAAAGGAUGUGAGUGGAAGGGACAGUGAGAGCAGUAAAAGUUUCUCGAGAAAAUUUUAGAACCCUAUGAGAGAACUGGCAGGGAAUCAAUCAAAUGUACAUUCAGAAAGACUUGAUAAAAUGUGUUUACUUGCUCAUCUGAUUCGUGCUUAUUAUUUUACAUUUGUUCUUUGAAUCCUGUGAGCCAGCAAAGGGCUGAAACUGAGUGGAGAUAUUUAUCAGCAGCUUAGUCAGUGAGAAAACAUCCACAUUUCAAAAAACAGGAAUUGUCUGUGCCUAUUCAGCAAGCUCACUCCAUUUCAUUGUACUGCAGCAUUGUGGGUAGUAUCCAAAUGUUGCUAAGGGAAACUUUUAACUGGCUUACAUCUUUACCCAUGCCCUUAGGAUGGAGGAAGAAGAAGAAAGAGCUGGAUUUUCAUGAGGGAGAAGAUGAAGAAGAAAAAGUUGUGGAAGCCAAACCAGUGGAGCAAAGAUACUGGUUCAGCUGGCUGAGUCAUAUUCUAGGUGGACGGGAUCAGCACCCUAACACUGGCUGUUUGGAAGCUGUGGGGGAGCAAAAGACACGUUGGUUUAGUCUGUGGAGAGGCAGCAGUAGCCAGACUGUGGAUACAGGUGAGCCAGAGCUGAAACGGGCACACUGGCUGAGUCUGUGGAACCAUAGUAACCAGCCUGUAGACGUGGGUGAGCUUGAGCAGAAACAGACUCAUUGGCGGAGUCUGUGGAGCAGCAGUAACAGCCAUGCUGGAGGUGAUCACAAUCCAGGGACAAAUAACGAGGGCACAGAGAAACAACUGCUGCAAGGUACGCUAGCAGGACUGGAUGUCAACAGUCCUGAGUAUUUUGAGAUCUGCUUCAACUUCAUCCGCCACGUUUUUGACCUCUUUGUGGUUGGCUUCCUCUCUGUCUGUUCUCCAUUCUUCAGAAUUCUGUUGGAUAUCAUCAGCAUCCAGGGAGUGUUGAAACUGUGGUUGCACGGUAUAGCUAUGUUCCUGGUGGCCACAUUUGGCAUGGGCCUUGUCCUUUGGGUUGUUCAAACUUACAUUUUACAGUUUGCUUGCUUAUUUGGCCUUUUGCAAGUUAUGGUACUAUGGGUCAGCCUAAGGAACCAGAUGGAAAUGACAGUGGAGGGAGGGGAAGAAGAACAGCAACAGAAUGACCCCCCAUCAUCAGAAAAAGAACCAAGUGAUUUUAAUGUAAAGUGAUUUAUGAAAGGAAACUCAGAAAACAGUAUAACAUUCUUCUGGUUUGUCCAAAAGGGAGCUGGUCUGCCUUGGUGAAUUUUGUAAGCACAAGGGCUUUUUGUAUCUGUUCAUGUGUCAAAGUCUUCAAAGAAUUGAGCCAGUCAAGAAAGAAAAGGAAUACAUUUUUUUUAAAUUAAGUAAUGUGAACAGUACGAUGUCACACACCCUUCUGUUCUGACUGCAUUAUGAGAGCCAGUGAAAGCAGUUAAGGUGAACCUUGGCUGUGUUUCCAUAAACUUUCUCUUUCUGAAUUAUGCUUCAGGGUGCUUGCAAACUGUAAGAGAGAGAGAGAGCUGUGGUAAGCCCUUUUGGGGUGGUGAAUGGUAUGUCUCCUUGUCCACCUGUGCCAGGGAAUGGGUUGGAUAGUGCAAAGUACAGGACAUGGUUUUGGCCUGUCCCUUAUAAACCAUGACACCAGCAGAUAUGUUUUAAAUCAUCCUGUUGCAGAAAACUAUGUGAAAUGGUGUGCUUUUUUUUUUUUUUAAUGUUGGGAUUUUAUGUGUAAGUAAUACAUUCAAAAGAUGUACCGAUAGUGGAAUUUUUAGAUUCUGAUUUGAGUGAGCCAGAAACUAUUGUAUGUUUUUUAUAUAUAUAUAUAUAUAUAUAUAUAUAUAUAUAUAUAUAUAUAUAUAUAUAUAUAUAUACACACAUACACAAAAGUGAAACCAAACAUUCUAAUGCUGUACUGAAAAAGACUUUUGUAAUUGAUAAUUAAAAUUGAAGACGGUACCUGAAUACUUUCUGUUUAGAGUUAAAUUCUGCAGAGCUAUAAUUUCUAACUCCCUGAAACUUACAAAGCCUGCCUCAGAACAGUUUUGGGUGGGGUUGGUACACACCACCAGUAAGCAUUUGUCCUCGCUGUUCAUUUGUGAUGAUUUAGUUCUCUGUUAUUGUGACAUCCAUAUAUUUUUACUGCAGUGCUUGCUGUGAGCAUAGACCUCAGCAAACUAAGAAGUAAUACAAUUGGGAUAGCAGAAAAAGUGUUGCACAGAUUUAAUUCCUGACAGAAGUCAGAUAGAAAACUAGCUGUUCACCACUUUGUGCGUAGCUAAACUUUUUUAAAGUAAAACAUUAAUCUUGAGUGUAUUAGUUCUAGAAAAUUAACACUGACUACUGCUUCUGAAAGUCUGCAGUUAUUACUUAAAAAGCAAUGUUAGCUCUGUUGUUAAAACCCCUCUACAAAAAAUAGUAGAAAAUAUUAAAAAAAUCGGAUGUCUGUCAGAAGUGUAGGUUACAUUACUAACUAAAACAAUUAUUAUUAAUUUAAAUAAUGCCUGCUGCAUCAUCUAAUGAGCUUCCCAUUUGUAGAGUCUGGAUUCAUUUGCAGUUUUAGGAUGUUCAUAUUUCCUGUUUGCAUGUGGGACUAAACUGUAAGUAGAAGAUUAUAGUAUCUUAUUACGUGUGGAAUUUUUAGCAGUUUUUUCCCCCAGAGGAUUAAGGCUAUGAGCAGCUAAUGAGAUUCUCAUGAAAAUGGAGUUUGGUUCCCUCCACCUCCAUUUGCUUACUGUGUGACUUGAGCAAAUCACUUAAUCAGACAGUACUCCUUUCUCACCCCUGAAAAAGGCUUAUGCCUAGAGGAUUUACCCAGUUAACAAUAAUGAUUUAAAAAAUAAAAAUAUACAUUAUGAAUACCAGCCCACAGCAUCUUUAGAAGAGGGAAAAAACUUGCAUUUUGAAAUGAACAUUACUGUUAAAACAUGUAUCACACAAAACACGUAAACAAGGUUACUGUCUACUGCUGUUUUUUUUGGUUUUCUGUUUUUCACAAAAGAGGUGAAUUUUUGGGGAAGGAGCCAUCUUGCUUUGCUGCCUUUAAAGCUUGGGUCGUCCUUAGAGAAUGCAUUUUUUAUAUGUCUAAGUCUGACAAUUUGCUCCUAGCACUGACAAUAGAUUAGAAUUAAGAUGCAUUCUGAGACAGACUAAUUUACUGUUGUGAAGUUACCUUAUUCCAGACCUUUUGCAACUUUGCCCUCAGUAUUUUUUUUUCUCUGUGCAUGUGCUGUAGUUUGUUUAAUUUGAAAAUGUGUACUUGAGGAAAAUUUUCCAAGGCAGUGUAACAUAUAUUUCAAACCAUAUAUUUCUGUGGUCUUGGUGGUCAACUAAAUCAGAGCCCAACUUUCCUGGAUACGAUACAGCUAUCCCAGGAUCCUUUGCUUUCAUCCCACAAAGUGAUGCAGCUGAAUCUUGGUAAGGUCACAUUUAUAGACUUCUAGUUUUAGGAGAGGCCUUCUCUGACAAUUUUGUAGUGCAGUUCUGAGAAAAAAAGUUAAGUUGCUUAACUAGAUUUGAAUGUUAAAUGUUGCACAUGUCACAUUUAUGAAGCAGUUGUUGGUAACAUCUGUUGCAUGCCUUCAUGUUAUACUCUUACUUGGUACGUACUGCUACCAAGUGUUAGAAAUCACUCCUGUUCAAGUACUUUGUGGCAUGUAGUAGCAUUUUGUUAUUUCUGAUGUGUUGUGGAUACCUCUAACCCCUUGACAGCAGAGUGAAAAUUGUUAUUGCAGCCUUAGACAACCACGACCGGUCAUUGCACUGAUUGAUACUAAUACCCGAGAGAUGCAAUUUUUCCAGUAAUAACUUUUGUGAGAGAAUAAUUUUGUAUAUCAGCACAGGUUUUCAGGAAGAGUGAUAAUACUAACUUACUUGCUCUUGAAUGCUGACUCUUGAAACAAACUGAUUUGAUAAUCUCAUCUGCCACUAGUAUGCAUAUACACCCACAGGAGAAGAAAAGAGGGCCUGAGGUUUGGUAGUGGUGAUUUUCUAAUCUGUGUACUAUGUACACGUGGGUUUCCCCUUUCGGUGUAGGAUCGAGAAUUGCUUCGUUUAUAACUACUCAAGUACACUUGCAUGAUACUGUUGGCUGCUGUUUGUGUGCUUGUUGCAUGUUGUAGCAAUGAAUGAAACAUCACAUUUCACUGUUUAAUGCUUACCGUGCAAUCACAGCAACUUGAAGAACGAGCGAACCAUAUCUGUCUCUAUUUUGUAGCGGCUCUUCUUCCUCCAAGUCGUGAUAAUAUCAGAAGGAGAAUAAUAAGGAAAGGAUGUUUGAGGUGGGUGAAGUCCCUGACAUGGAGUUAUAGUGUGGCUUGCCCCUUCUGCUAAAGCACUUACUUUUGUUUGCAGUUGCUGUGUGUUUGCAAGAAACUGUUUUCUUUACUGAUAGUCAUGCUCAGAAUGGUUCCACAGUCAAGGAAAUAGGGAUUGAGCAAGUGUAUCCUAAUUAGAUGGGUUUUGGUAUAUCGUAGUGGAACUGCUUUCCAGUGAUAAACCAAAUGGGUUUUGAUUUCUGAAAUACUUUUCUCUGACUUCAGCAUUAGUUAUGAUUACUGAUAUUGUGAAAUGGGAGUACAGGGGUACAGUCUAAAGUGACUAUUUUGAGUCUCAUUCUGACCCACUUGUGUUAUAGAUAGCCAGUUUAGUAUAGCCAGUCAAGUCCGUGUUUUGGGGUGGUGAUACAAAAUGAGAGUACCCUGAAAAAGUACAUGCUGAUUGUCCAUACUUCACACAUGCAGAGCUUGGGGAGCAGGACUGAACCCCAGACUCUGGAACUGACAUAGAAAGUUUUACUACUGAGGCAUCAUGUUCUCCAGUGUGUGUGUGUGUGUGUGGGGGGGGGAUCAAUGUAUACCUUUCAGAAAUUGUCUAGAUGCAUGACUUUUUAUUUUGUAAUGACUUUGCUGUGCUGUUACCGAGCACACUGCCUUGUAAAUAAUACUUUUUCUCUACAUCUUAUUUGUAAUCACAUUUCUCUGGCAUUAUAACACUAUUGCCAUAAGAACAAACUGUGAUAUCACAAUCUAAGCAUUGUUAUUUCAGAGUAGAAGUGAGACACUGGCUUCCGUACAUAUACCAGUGUCUCCUCCAAUCAUCCCACUUCUGUGCAUAUGCUGUCAUUAUUUAAUGAAAAAC